CAUCACGUUGAUGCUGUCGAGCUUGACACCUGAGCGGAGCAGGACCUCCGGAGAGAAAGCGGAGAGUGGACCGGGGUCUUUUAAUAUUUCUCUGAUCCGUUUUCUGUCCGAUUUAGUUUUUUGACAGUCGUUUCAGGAGAAACUCUGCUGUUCGCUUCGUCGGGACCAAGAAAAGUUCGCGCUGAACAGACGUCGAAAUGGAGAUAGAGAAGGAAGUGAAGAAGAUGACCCUGGGCCACGAGUUUGGUGCUGGAGCGGCCUGUUUGAAAUGCAAGGACAAGUGUGAAGGCUUUGAGCUGCAUUUCUGGAGAAAAAUCUGCCGAAACUGCAAAUGUGGCCUCGCAGAGCACGAUGUGGCGAUGAACUCGGAGGAGAACAAGAAGGUGGGCAAGUUGUUCGAGGACACCAAAUACACGGGGCUCAUCGCCAAGCUGAAGACUGACGGCCUCCCCAGCUACAGGGGCAACAUGAUCACCAUCUCCCUGCCCACCUCCUCCACUGCUUACAUUGUACCGCCGAGUGCUUCUUCCACUGUUGUGCCCCCCUCUGCUGCAGCUGGUUCUGUACAGCCUGCUGGAGCCUCUGCUGGUACAGUACCCAGCAGCGCUCAGGCCCAGGCUCAGGCCCAGGCCCAGGCUCAGGCUCAGGCCUCAGGCCCAGGCCCAGGCCCAGGCCCAGGCCCAGGCCCAGGCCCAGGCUCAGGCUCAGGCCAGCAGCAGGAAGUGUCUCACCAGCCAAAGGCUAACAAAAUGCCAGUCGCUGUCACUGCCACAUCAGCUAGUGUGGUGCCAGUUCCCAAAGAUGUGCCAAUGAAGUCCGUCACCUAUGAGUGGGCACCACCAGUAGCCAAUAAGUAUCUGGCAGUGCGAUACAUCGAGCUGCUCCCGCCAGAGAAACGGCCGGUGGCCGGUACGGAGGGAGCCGCUUACCGUCGGCAGCAGAUGGCCCGCCAGCUGCCUGAGCAUGACCAGGACCCAUCGAAGUGCCAUGAGCUGAGUCCUGCCGAGGUCAAGCAAAUGGAGCAGUUCGUCCGCAAGUACAAGGACGAGGCCCUCGGGGUCGGAGACGUUCUGCUGCCUGAAGAAAUGGCUCUGGUUCAGGCAGGAGGGCAGGGUGGAGCUGGUGGUGUGGGGGCUGGAGGUGUACCUGGUGCUGGAGGGGCAGGGUUCGGGCCUGGUACGGGUACACCUGGAGCUGGUGUUGGUGCUGGGGCAGGUGGUGGAGGGGCUGGGUUUAGACCAGGAGUUGGAGUUGCAGGUACUGGAGCUGGAGGCUCUGGGCCAGGAGUUGCAGGCCCUGGUGUUGGUCCUAUGGGUGGACCUGGAGUGGGUGCUGGCUUUGGACCUGGAGCAGGGGGUAGUGGAGUUGGAGCUGGUGGUUCUGGACCACUUGCAGGGCCUGGGACUGGACCAUCUGGUGGCUAUGCUCCAGCUGGUGGGGCCAUGGGCACCGCUGCCACUGCUGGAGCCAUGGGCAUCCCUGGAGCUCAGCAAGCUGGACGACCACAACAGAACUUUUCGUGCCAUCACUGCCAGCAGCCGAUGCGUCUGGGCGAGCCAGCCGUCUACGCUGAGCGCGCCGGCUACGAUAAGCUGUGGCACCCAGCGUGCUUCGUGUGUUGUACCUGCAACGAACUACUGGUGGACAUGAUCUACUUCUGGAAGAAAGGCAAGCUGUAUUGCGGACGCCACUAUGGAGACAGUGAGAAGCCUCGCUGUGGAGGAUGUGACGAGCUGAUCUUCAGUAAUGAGUACACUCAGGCUGAGGGCCAGAACUGGCAUCUGAAGCACUUCUGCUGUUUCGACUGCGACUGCAUCCUCGCCGGAGAGACGUAUGUCAUGGAGAAUGAAAAGCCUGUCUGCAAGCCCUGCUACAUGAAGAACUACGCUGUGAAAUGCUCAGCCUGCCAGAAUGCGGUGGAGCCCGAGGCCCAGAGGGUUUCCUACGGCGAGCACCACUGGCACGCUGAGCCGGAGUGCUUCAAGUGCUCCGGCUGCUCCAAGUGCCUGAUGGGCCAGCGCUUCAUGGCCGUGCAGGGCUUCCUCUUCUGCUCCGUGGAGUGCAAGAAGAAAACCAUGGCGUAGAGGGCCAAAACAGCCCCCUCCAUCUUCUCCACAACCACUUGUGAAACCAGGACGGGAUCAGCUAAAACUAGAACCAGCGCAGGGAAAACAAACACUGGUGCAGCUGCGGAAGGUCAGAGAUGGACUGUGGUUGUGUUAACAAUAAAUAGAGUGCCUGGUACCUGUAAUGUGGAGAUGUGAGUCCAUUUGCAUUCCUGUGCUCUUCCUCUCUUUAUGAAAGACCACAGUAUUGAUCAAUCUGUCUCAACUAGGAUGACACCUAAACUACUUCUUCGUUUUUUUCUGCUUUUCUUGCACUGUGUUUUCAUACCGAUGAGAUUUUGUAUUGGUCAGAGGUGGCAAUUCAAUUUUUUGUAAUUAUUAUAUAUUUUUUUUAAAGGUUAAACCUGUGUCUGAUUAGCAUUGGCGCUGUUCUGCUCCUAAAGAACCUACUGUUGAUUUAAUGUGCCACCUUUCACUGCCUCUUUCAUGCAACAAACCACUGGUGCUCACCCUCCUCUAUGCAGCAAUAUAAAGAGCAAUAUGAGUGAGGUUUGGGGUGAUUUGCUUCCAGUGCACUGUAUUCUACAUCAACGUGAAAUCAAAUAAUCAUAAUAAUGGCAAAUCUUUAUUCUCAGUCCAGUCAUUGUGUAGCAUAUUUCAAGUGCUUUAACUGCACAAAUCCAGUUCCUGAAGUUAAGUGAAAGAACUGGAGGUAAAUAGCUCCAACUCUGACAGCAGUGUGUUUUGAGUCUCGAGCUGUAGUUGUUGUGUUGGGCAGCACUGUCCUGUGAGGCGUAGCAGUACUUUCAUAGUUAUCUUAAAGGAACAAAACAAUGUGAAAACCUUCCAGUAUACACCGCUGUUACACCUGUACAAUCUCUAGCAACACAAACAAUAUGAGGUGGUAUAUAAACAGGUGUAUGACAGGUGUGUUUUAUAAAAUGCAAGAACAUCAGACUACAUUAACUUUUAUCUAAUGAACUGGUAACACUGUAAUGUAGUUCAAUAGUUCAGUCCAUUAGCUUCUGCAGUGUUCUCUAGUCUUUGAUCCACAUCUAUUAAAUAAAUGGAGAAAAUAUGUCUUUUCUCUCUGCAAUUACUCAGUGUUUUCAUCCAGGUCUACUUGUAUCACCCACUGGUCCCAUGAUAUACAAUAUAAACACUGUAAACCACUUUAGUUUUGUUAUUUUCGUGCCUUAUCCUUUUGAUUUCAUGCUACUGCACUUUAAAUGGUUUUUUUCCCCAAAUAAAUUGGGUAGUAUUUGUAGCUAAAUCCCUGAGAUAUGAUGCAGUUGAGUGAGUUUUUUCACCACUGUCCACCCACACAGCUGUUUUCAGAUAUAGCACAAAUACCAGAGAUGUACCCGAUAAAUCAAUGAUAACCUGGUUUCCUUUAAAUGACCCAGUGAACCAGGACACUAGCACAGGCUCACUUAAAUGGAAUGCAGCAGUGGUUAAUGUUAUUAAUCACACCUGUGCUGUGACAUGUCUUCAGUGAGAAGAGUCUCAUGUAAUUCCCAUCAUGGCUUCAACCUGAGCAGAGGUCUAAUCUAGUAUAACUGGAAACACCUGUGUGGAUGUGCAGGGCCAUUACUGCUAAUUCAAAUAAAAACAGUGGCAUCACAAGUUAAAUGCGACAUACACACGUCCUGUUUAAUAGUCUGCAGACUAUGACCAGUGUAUAAUUCUGUUUUGUACAAGAGCAAGAAAUGAUUAACCUGCAACGCUCCUGCUAAUUAAACAUUACAAAGAGAAGCUAAA